AUGGGUGUCGUCAAAGAUGUUCUCAGCCCCGGUGACGGACAGCAUUUCCCUAAGCCGGGUGACCAGAUCACCAUGCACUAUACAGGAACGCUGGAGAAUGGAUCCAAAUUCGACAGCAGCCGAGACCGCAAUGAGCCGUUUGUGUGCAACAUUGGCGUUGGCCAGCUUAUCAAAGGCUGGGACGAAGGUGUUCCACAAAUGAGCCUCGGUGAGCGUGCAAAGCUUACCAUCUCGAGUGACUACGGCUAUGGAGCAAGAGGUGUCCCUGGUUUGAUUCCGGGAGGUGCUACUCUCAUCUUUGAUGUCCAACUCUUGAAAAUCAACUAG